AUGAAAUACACCGGCUUCGCCGCUAUGGGCUUGAUGGGCUGCGCCCUCGCCCUGCCCCAGGGUCCUCCCGCUCCUUUCCCCGGUUCCCCCAGUGACGCUCCCACUCCAACUGGCCCUCCCCCAACCGGCUUCCCGACCUCCUCGGCGACCUCUUCGGCGACCUCUUCGGCGAUCUCCUCGGCGACUCCCUCGGGCCCCCCUCCCAGCGGCACCCCCACCCCCGUCGCCUUCCAGAAACGCGACGGCUUCCCCGACCUGCUAGGCGAGAUCUCCUCCAGCCUGCCCUUCACUCUCCCCGUCGCGAAGCGUCAGGAGCAGCCAACCGGUACCCCAAGCGGUAACCCCAGCAGCACCCUUAGUGUUACCCUUUCUCCAACCGGAAGCCCCUCCGCCCCGGCCGGCCAGGGCUUCGGCGGCUUCCCCUUCGGCAAGCGCCAGUUCCCUGAGCCUAGCAGCUUCUCGACUCCCUCGAGCUCGGCCCCUACUCCCUCAGGCACCCCCUCAGGCACUCCCCCUCCUCCCUUCCCCACCGACGCUCCCAGCGGCUUCGAGAAGCGCCAGUUCUUCCCUACCCCAUCGGGUCCCACCCCCAGCGGCUCUUCCUCAAGUGGCACCCCUACCGCUACCCCCACCGGCCCCCCUCCCUCGGGCUUUCCCCUCCCCCCUCAGUAA